CCGGGCUCCAGAUGGAUCGAUGGACGUCGACUUCCUGGCGCGGAUCAACGGCCGCGACAAAGGCCGCACGUUUAUCAUGAUCUACGAGCUGGCGAUGUUCGAGAUGCGGACGAACGCCAACGUGAACGACGCAGAGCAGGCGGAGGAGACCGCGCCACUUCUCACCGAGAUGUGCGCAGUGUACAUUGCGGAGGUUGAUUCGCCGAGAAGGUUUGCAGAGAUGACGUUCAGGUACGGCCUCGCGCGCGGCCUGGCAGUGGAUAUCGAGACUGGUUGGGAUCUGCGAUUGCCCGAGCAAAGAAAGGAGUGCAAGAAGCAGCUGAAGGACGAAGACCCGCUGCUGACGAUCACCAGCCCCCCGUGCACGCCACUCAGCAACUUGCGGACGCUCUCGGACUCAAAGCGAGACCCGAAGAUCGUGGAGGCGGAGAUCCUGGAAGGCGAGACGCACCUCAACUUCAGCAUGGAGAUCAGCAAUGAGCGCUACAAGGCAGGGAAGUUAUUUCUUCACGAAGCACCUUGGUCGGCGAGUAGCUGGCACCGCCCAAGCGUUCAGGAGGUCAUGCAGUUGGCAGGCGUAUUCUUUGUCCAUGGACCUGUGUGCCGCUGGCACAUGCAGGCGACCGACUCCAACGGACAGUUGGGCUUCGUUCGGAAGGAGACCUGGUGGCUCACUAACAGCGAGCUGCUCGCAGAGAUCCUCAAAGCUUGGUGGCAGCUAUUCUCAAAGGCCUACGAGAGGAGCUUCGACGACGAGAAGGGCUCAACCUACUUGCAGCUCUUUGCGGAGGACCACACCCACAUGAAGAAUAUACUGUUCGCUGAGUACCAGGGCGACUACUUCAUCGGCGAUCUCACGGGCGAGAUUUUGGACUCCGAGGGCGUGCAAGCCGCGAGGCAAGAAGAACUGGAUUGGUGCCGCGGGAGGCAGGUAUGGAAGAAGGCACCUAGACGCGAGAUGCUCGAGAACGGCAAGAAGGCAGUGAUCUUGAAAUGGAUCGACACGAACAAGGGCGACCGAACUCAACCACGGUAUCGUUCGAGGCUGGUCGCGAGGGGGAUUAAGAAAGCUAAGAGGUCCGGAGAUCGACCAUACCAAACUGAACUAUUCUCGGCCAUGCCACCGCUGAAAGCGUUCAAGGGGAUCACCUACAAGUUUUACGACAUCUCGAGGGCGCACUUCUAUGGAGAUGUGAAUCGCGAAGUGUAUGUGGAGUUGCCCGAGGAGGAGACCUACGACGAUCCGGAACCCGUGGUGGGCAGGCUACUCAAGACGAUGCAUGGCACAGUGGACGCAAGUCAUGUGUGGCAAGACGACUACAUCGGCCUGACGAGCUCGCACGGCUUCAAGAAGGGCGUCUCGAACCCAGCGCUGCUGUACCACGCCGAGCGCCAUAUGCAAGCGGAGGUCCACGGCGGCGACUUUGGUGCGAUUAUGCGCAAGUCCCAGGAGGGGUGGUUCGACGACGUGCUUUCGCGCAACGACUUUAAGGUCACGGGUGUUCCGAGCAGCAGGCCCCUGAAGGAACAGAGCGUGGUCUAUCUCAACCGGGCGUUGAUCUGGAACCCCUUCGAGCGUUCGGCCUACCUCGAAGCGGACACCCAGCGCGUGAAGAAGGUGAUCAGGGACCUGGGCUUGGAGAACGCGGAGGAGGUGACUACCCCGGCUGUUAAGAGGUCUGUCGCGGAGAUCCCGAGUAGUAACCAGACCUCGCCGAAGCUGGACGACGAGAAGGUGAAGACCUACCGCAGCGUGACCAUGCGGAUCAUGCGCCUGAGUCUGGACCGGCCCGACACAAGCUACAGCGCGAGCACGCAGACUAGACGCAUAAAGGAGCCGAAGGAGACCCACAUGGAGGAUUUGAAGCGAAUUGGCCGCGACUUGAAGAAGUACCCCGCUGGAAGGUCGCUGUUUCCCGCUCAGAAGCUGCCUAGAAAGGUUUGUGUUUACUGUGGCAGCGACUACGCGGGUGAUCAGAUUACGAGGCGUUCCCGAAGUAGAAUGGCCAUUCUAUGGGGAACGCAUCUGCUGCAACAUGGCAGCGCGGUCCAAUCCACGGUGAGUUUGAGCAGCGGCGAGGCCGAGUACUAUGCGCUACUGCGUGGAGCCUGCCACGGUUUUGGAGCACAGGCCACCUUGGCCGACCUUGGAGUUGAGGUGGACUACGAGAUGGAGCUUUACACUUUCAGUGAUAGCUCAGCCGCGAGAGGAAUUGCAAGCCGACAGGGACUGGGGGCUGUUCGACGCUUGGAUGUUCGAUUUCUAUGGCUGCAGGAACGUAUUCAGAGUAAAAGACUGUUGCUGAAGACGGACGAGGGGCACUGGAACCCGGCGGACCUGUUCACGAAGGCCUUCGACCAAGCCACGAUGGAGCGGUUGAUGAAGCUGAUCUGCUUCACGAUGAAGUUCGACGGUAGCGUGAGGCACCGUGUGCUGUGA